UCGAUCGGAGUAGAUGUGUUUGCUGUUCGUAUAAGAUCGGGGCGUUUUAUUUCACGCUGAUGCGGUCACUUAUGCCGGUUGUGAUUUCAUGCUCACGCUAUUUGAAUACAAUGGAACCAUUCUGGGUGGUGAUUUAUGGGCAAAUUAUGCGUUUCGGUUUUCGCGAGAGUGCGUUCCUGUGAACAAAGCUGAAGAUCGGUUUUGAACGCCAUACAUAACAACUACAGUGUAUGUUCAGGAUGAUGUUUUAGCAUGAAUGGGCAAGCGUGGAGUGGAGAAAUUUAUUUGUGUUCAAAAAACCGAUUGAAAGUUUUCGUACGUGCCCCGGCCAAGAAAGGAAGACCAGUUUAGUAUUCUGAAUGAGUUUUGUGCGUUUUACAAGAAGACGGUGCAUGGAAGAAAACUAAGUGAAAAUGGGAAAAAACGAUCGGGCCAUAAAGUAGAUAACAGAGUCACAUAUGUUUUGUGUUACAUUACUGUUUCGUUCCAUAACAUUUUCUGUGGUUCGUUGGCGCUCUUCUGAAUCUACUGACGAAGAGUAGAAAAUUGUUUUUUUAGUGAACUGAAUUGGUGGAACGUUCAAGUAGCUUACAUAUGUACAGGGUAUAAGCCGCCGACAGUGGAUUUCCUUUCUUCUGCUUGAACUUUGGAUUCAAUGUGUUUGAAAAGGGAUCAUCAUUGCGCUAGGAUUUCGGAAGUUGUGUGCUGACUACGCUACUACGGACGCUGGAAGAAGGGUCGUAAAGUGCAACAUGUGCGGGAAAUGACCUCCCACACCGACCGCUGUACGUAUCAGUAUAAGUGCCGCAGCUAAUAGCUGCCAUUUCGGUCAACUACCCGCAGGCCGGAUUACGCGAACGCACGAUUCCGUAAAAGGACUACAAUUGCAACCGUCGAAGGUACUUGGCGUACCGGUGAUGUAUAAUUAGCCGCACAGAUGAUAGGUUUACUACAACUCGGAGUGUGAUUUGCAAAGUGCAGUGAUUUACUGUGGCACUCUGCUGCUGCUGCUGGCUACUUAACUCGAACACAUCUCGAAGUGGGUGGUAUUCAAGUGCAUGGUAACCGAAACCACAUGGCGUGAGACUCGUGGUGGCAGCCACAGCCGCGCUAAACUGUACUCUUAUGCGCCAUCAUGUGCACCUUAGCGGAGGCGCUAAACUCACUUGGUAAAAGUGCAGUUCCUCGUGCUUCACGAUAGGCUUUCGGGAGCGAAUAACAGCAGAACGGCGGUACCUGCUUUAAGUGCUGCCUAAAGUCGUGGCAGAGCAGUGAAUGAAGUGCCCUAUUACUUAACCGUAAAUUACCAAUCUGGAAUCGGCGUAAUUCAGCUGGAAAAGCAAAUCGCAGAAACAACAGUAAACGUUGAAUUAAGCACAGUUUUUUGCUUGAUAUAGUGUAUUAUAGUUAGAAGAAACCUCUGGUGGAAGUGAAAAAAGUCCAUCGGUUCAUUGAUUAAUUGCUCAAUCGGAAGCGAACGUGUUUAACUGUGAGCGGUUUCAGUGUUUCGUACUGGAUAACAGUUUCGUCGAAAAAAACAGCUGUGCAUUUAAGCAAGGGAUUAGCAGCUCCCUUGUUUUGGAUUCUUUAUCCGGUGACGUAGACAAACAGGGAGAACGAAAAGACCAAAAUGGUACUCUGCGACAGUGAUUUAGAUGUAACAGGCAUCUCGCAAAAGUGGAACAAACUUCGUCGACGAUGUGCUUCGUUCAAGACAGUCUCCGGCCCAGCGUCACUCGAUUCGGACACCAAUUAUAUACUGGCCGAACAUCCGGGCCAUUAUCAGAUUAUCGCGUCCGGUCCGGUGCCGGUACAGGUUCACCAGGUGCAACAGGCUCACCACCAGCACCAUCAUCACAAUCACGGCGAGCAUCGGCAUCAUCAUCAUCAUCACCACCAUCACCGCCAAAACGGUGGCGCUCACGAACAAUUGUUAGCAGAUCAACCACUCUACGGACAACUGCCAGACCCGAACUGGGAGCUGCGACAUUCAAGUUCAAGUUCAACAUCUACGUCUUCCUCUACGAUCGGUCCAAUUCAGUUCCCAGUUUACGCUUCCGAGGAAUAUUGGCAAAUUCACGAGCGUGAUGUGAAAUUAUGGCGUCUUGGUGCUCAUCAAACAUACGCUCAUAGAAUCCGAGCUACACCGAAUCAUCGCCGUAGUGCGCACAGCAUCGACUGGGAAUACAACGUGCAGAAGUACGAAAAUAUGGCUGAUCCGGCACAGAUGGCUGCCGCUCGCCUUUUCCGCCACGAAAAACUUCAAUACUACGAUGAAGUGUCUAGUGUUAAGAAGAAAAAUUCUCUCGGUGCUAGUGAAAGUGAAAGUGGAAUCAAGGUAGCCAAAGAGAUCAAACUGCCUAGUCUGAAAAACUUCAAGUCCGCGUCGAUGCGACUUCCCGGUCAGAAAACGUCCAUGAACGAGGUUCAGCAGCUGCUCCGAAGCAAAUUUAACAGGAUACAUGCAGGUCUGCGAAAGCGGCGAGCUCUUUCGGUUCAGGAGGUAUUUCAAAUGCCCGGGCUGGCAACUCCCACAAAACCUACGUUCUACGUUCCCUCGCCGCUAGUCAGCGAGCGGUGUCCCCACAACCCACUGCGAUACGAGGAAGAAACAAAUGAAGAAGUUGACGGACCACUCAGUUUACCAUUCAUAAACGAAAACCUCGUAGCAGUGGAUCAGUCCCAGGUUCAGCUUCGAGAUCGAUCACCAAGCCCUCGGAAGGAACGUACCAAAACCUGGUUUCGCAAUAUUGAUUUGAACACUCCCGACUGCAAACCCAAGAAGGCCCUUCCGACAGUCACCCAAAAUGGUAAGCCUCCGGCCAGCAUUCCCGUUACCGAAACAGACCAAAAUGUCCAACCCAAAGAGAAGCCGGAAAAACCAAACUUUGCGAUCGGUGGACGUGUUUCACUGCGCGAACGUGUCGAGAACAUGAACCUCAAUCGGCUUCGCUCCAAAACCUCCAACACCAAUGCAGCUAGUCCACAACCAAAAAAACUAAGCGAACCGCGUAAAAUCCGUCCCCGUAGCCAUUCUCCGCUGAAGAACAUCAAGAUUAACCUUUCCGGCCUUGGUAUGCGCGGAAGCGAACCGCAAGCAACGCCAAAACCUAAACGUGAAUCAUUUGGCCUAUUUGGCCGCCUGAACCGCAUGAUGCACGGCAACGGUAGUCCGUCACCGGAAAAGCCGAACGGCCAAUCGGCGAGCGCAACCACCAAAAAAGGCGAUGCUGCAACUGGUACACCCGUGCAGCAGCGACCGAAGGCUGGCGGCAACGGUGCCGUUAGCUACAGCGGCAAUGUUAGUAAACAAUCGACCAUCCAGAAGCUGACGAAACUAAGCAGCAACGGGAAUCGACGGGACGGGGCCCCGUCCGCUGGUCAGACCAAGGCGGAAGCACCAACAGCGGCGGCGGCGGCGAUGGCGGAACGUGAGCGGAAAUCCAAACAGGUGGGUGUCGUUGAGUGA